AUGACUACGCGUCCCAAGCCGUUAUUCUAUGGAACUGCAAAAUGCGUCGCUCUUUACAUGAAUCCCAACGUGCGACUUCAACUCUUCUUUCGCUGCCCAAUGUUUCAAACUGUUCACCGAAAUCAAACGCUUAGAAUCAGGGAUCUCAUCGUUCGGCCUGACAAAUUUGAAAUCGAUGGCACUAUCUACAAACUGGGAGUGAUUACCCAGUACACAAAUAAGCUGACGCCCACUUUUCUUUAUUUGAGAAACAAUGAAGGAGGAUUGCAAACGGAUGUUGAUGUCUAUGGUCUACCAAUUAACACGACCGGGAAUAUGCGGGAUGAUAAAGAAGAGAUAGAGAUUUUGCAGCGAGAAAUCAAGAGACUGGAGGAAAAUCAACGAAAGCUCGGAUUCUAUGACAAUUUUAUACAAAUCCUGUUUGAGAUAGAAGAGGCUCAGUCGAAAAUCGACGUGCUCCAAAUGCGAAUUUACAAAUCACCGUCGUCGUGUCGUAAUCAUCUGCGAUUGACUGUUAUAACAGGAGAAAAUUAUAAAAAGGAGCUUGUGGCUUACGAAAAACCAUUUAAACUCGCUAGGGAGUACCUUGAGAGACGGAUUUUUUGCAAUGGGUACAUCCAAGUGAGAAAUCUCCAAAUUGGUGAAGAUUUUAAGAAACACGAUUUACUUGACGGUAUCCCUCUAGAACCUCUCUUCCGGAAAGAUCCACAAGGAGAUCUAGUAAAACCAUUACUGUCAAUUCGAGAAGGAUGUUUAGAGGUUGAAAUGUUGAAAGUUACUAAAAAUUUGACUAAUGCAUUGACGAGUCUUCGAACAGUUCUCUCAGCUGCUGUGCCGCUAAAACAUUUGAGAACUGUGAACCAAUCGUUUCCUGAUGAUCCAAUCAUCAAAACUUCACAGCUUGUUUCGAUGGUUGGAAAAUUGCCGUUCUAUGUGCUCAGCAGAAGUCCGAACAAUCGAACUCAUAUUGACUCAUAUACGGAUUUUCCCAGUUUGAGUUUUACUGACGUAGUAAACGAAUGGAUGGAAUCGGAUAUGAGCGUUGGAACAUAUUACUCGAUGGGAAUUCACGCGGCUCCCUUUCUCGAGGGGCUGUUCAAUUUGUUUAGAAAACUCCCAGGGGCUGAGACCGCCGAGAACAAAGAAACCAGAUCGACCAGAUUCCCGGAAUGCGUCAUCAUCCCUAUGAAAAACAACACGGAGCUGAAUGUCUACUGCAAUGAGCCGAAUAAUGAAGAGAAGGAGUACUGUAGCACGGAGUUCAUUUUGAAAAUGAAAUGGCAGCCAAAAGGAUAUGCGAGAGUUGUUAAAUAA